UAUGUAUUGAAUAAUUGCAUUGGAGCAAAUUCCCCUUUUCUUUGUCUUAAGCCAAGAGAGGACAGGAUUAAAAAAAACCAGAAUGUCAAAAUGUCAAAUUAUGGAAGGAAGGUGAUUCAUUCCCGACUGGAAGGAGUUGCUCGAAGGAAGCCAUAAACUUGUGAAUUCAGAUUCAGAUUGAAGUUCAUUUCAGACGGCGGAAGAUGACUGUGGCGGCGGGGAUCGGCUACGUGCUGUUAGCACUCGGCUCAUCUCUCUCACUAUUCAUUGCUGUUAUUUCCCAUAAACCCUUUCUUGUCCUCAUCCUUCUUUCCAGUACGUUGGUAUGGUUGAUGAGUCUCAUCGCAUUAUCGGCAGUCUGGAGAGGGUUUAUCCCUUUCAAGACGGCGGCGUGGUGGCCCUAUGCGCUUCUCAUUCUCACUUCUGUUGCCUCUCAAGAGGCCCUCCGGCUUUUAUUGUGGAGACUCUACAAGAGGAUGGAAGAAUUACUCGAUGCUUUUGCCGGUAGAGUCUCCAAACCUCGACUUGUAAUUACCGACAAAAUGCAAAUUGCUCUUGCUGGUGGAAUGGGUCAUGGGGUGGCUCAUGCUGUCUUUUUCUGCAUAAGCCUUUUGACUCCUGCGUUUGGGUCAGCAACAUAUUAUGUAGAAAAAUGCUCACGAAUACCAUUUUUUCUUGUCUCUGCUAUGAUAGCCCUUGCGUUUGUAACAAUCCACACUUUCUCCAUGGUUAUUGCAUUCAGUGGUUACUCAGAAGGAAACAGAACAGACCAAUAUUUUGCUCCUGUUAUUCAUACGCUCAUAAAUCUUGGAUCUGGGGGCUGCAUCAUUGGCAUUCCUCUACUCUAUGGCAUGGCUAUUUUGACUUUGUUACAUUGCGGGAAGUUGGUGUGGAGGAGACUGACUGAAAACAGAAGGCAAGGAAACAUAUACUGAUGGCUCUUGAAAUGUAAAUUUUUCUCAUUCGCACAGCUACUUUCUUUAAGAAAAGGGUAUACUUUUAAUGUUGAGGUGUUGCAUACUCACAUGAUUGUUGUAUGGAGUAAAGGAGAAACACGUGUUCAGGCUGAGUUACAUCUCAUUUGCCUCGUGAUAUUGCCUGCAUUAAUGUCA